AUGUCGCAACACAUGCUCACCAUCGCCUCGCACGAAGCAAAAGCCAAGGAUGCUCGAGUGCACCUGCUGCCCUGCCGGAUACACCAUGACGGCGACGUCGAUUCGGCGGCUCCGUACUGGAGCCCGGCCGAGAACUCAGAUGGAUCCAAGGUCGCGUAUCUGAGGGGGAGGAAGCUCCGCGGCAAGGCCGUGACGCUGCCAGAAGGCUACUACGGCUCAGUCGCCGAAAAGGGGGACAAGAAACGUGAGAUCCCCGGUGAGGACGGGAUGGACCGGGACGCAGACGUCGAGGAGCUGCCGGAGGCCAUCGAAGUAGCGCGGCUGAAUGGCAAAGCACAAUUCGACGAGUUUGUCAUAUGGGGCCAUGAGUCGACAGCCGACUCGAGCGCGGACCCGUAUGUGAGGAGCAUAGAGGAAUGGGUAUCAUUCGCGGAGCAGAUCCACGCGUACCCCUCGUCACGAGACGAGUGCAAGUAG